CAACUAACAAUACAACCUUCUAUACUACAAAGGAAAAACCUUAAACUUAUCAUAUCAAGAAACAAAAAUAGCGUUCAACAUGAAGCUUCUUUUGGCCAUCUGUUGCGUCGCAUUGGUCUUCACUGUUGUCUUUGCAAACAUUUCCCAAGAAGAGAUCGAUGGCUUUGUCGAGGAGCACAACAAGGCUCGUGAAGAGGUUGGCAACAAACCUGUCAAGUGGAACACGACCUUGGCAGAGUAUGCCCAAGAAUAUGCCGAGAAAAGAGUUGACGACUGUGCCAUGGAGCACUCGAUGGGGCGUUGGGGUGAGAACUUGGCCUCCGGCGACGGCAUGAGUGGCGCAGAUGCCACUAAGUAUUGGGUCACCGAGAAGGAGUUCUAUGACUACGAGUCCAACAAAUGCGUCAGAGAUGAAUGUGGUCACUACCUUGCUGUGGUUUGGGGCAGAACCACCGAGGUUGGAUGUGGCAUUUCAAAGUGCAGGAAUGGACAGAACUACGUCGUUUGCAGCUACGAUCCCAUGUACCAGCCCGAGGACGAGCACCCCUACUAGAUGAUGUAUGUACGCUCACGUGCGCGCACCCACACCUACACUAGGCCUGUUGAGAGGUCCCAUGUUUUUUUUUUCUUUUGGUGAAAUUAGAAAAAUAAAAUGUAACGGGUGUAUACAAAUACUUCCCCACACUCACAACAUUUCUUUAUUCUGACUAGCACUUGAUAUGGUAUUGUGAGAGGUGACAAGAGAAUGAUUAAAAAAUGAAAAAGAAUAAGAUUAUUUCAUUUUUGAAAUUUCUAAAUGAAA